AUGUAUGUUCCAACCAUUGAAGAAGAUUCUCAAGAAGACCAUCCUUGGAAACUAAAUUUUGACGGAGCCUCAAAUGCUAUAGGUAACGGAAUCGGGGCAGUCCUAGUAUGCCUAAGCAGAGAUCAUUAUCCUUUUACUAGUAAAUUAGACUUUGAUUGCAUGAGCAAUAUGGUAGAAUACGAAGCAUGUAUCAUGGGUAUCCGUUCAGCUAUAGAAUGUAAGAUCAAAGUGCCAGAGGCGUAUGGAGAUUUUGCGCUAGUGAUUUAUCAACUCAAGGAAGAAUGGGAGACAAGAGAUCCCAAGUUGAUCGAUUAUCAAAAGUUGGUUCUUGAAUUGAUUAAAGAGUUUGAUGACAUCACCUUCUUCUACCUUCCACGAGACAAAAAUCAGAUGGCUGAUGCCCUAGCUACUUUAACUUCCAUGAUUAAGGUAAACAAACAAGAGGAUGUAAAACCUAUUCGAAUGAGUAUUUGUGAAGCUUCGGCUUAUUGUUACAAUAUCGAGGAAGAAGAAAAGGAUGAUCACCCGUGGACCUCCACCGGGGCAACGCCUUUCUCUUUGGUCUACGGAAUGGAGACAGUUUUGUCCAUUGAAGUCGAGAUUCCUUACAGUUUUGCCCAUUGA